AUGCCUGUAUGUGCUCGCGAUGAUCAACCCUCGUCAUUACCACCACCCGGUUUUGCUGAAGAUAACACAACACUGAAACGCGUACGUUUGAUCGACUCAUUAGAAAAACUAAUACAGAAAUUUCAACGUGAGCCACAAUUUAUCGCACAACAACCAAAGGAAACUGAUUUAUUGUUGUCAAUUGCACAGUUUAUCCUUCUGUCACCUUCAGCUUCACAUAUUGAUCGACGAAUAUCUUUUGAUACUAUCCUUGCAAUUGGGAAAGAUCUGUUGAUUGACCAAGAUCAAAUGAAUAACAAGGAAAAUAACAACUCUUCAUCUAUUGAAAUUAAAGAUAUGACAACGGUAACAGUACCUCUCUUGCCAUCUACACCACCAAAUAAUGGCAAUGAUGAUGAUUUCUCGCUCGAUGAUCUUGCUAAUGAAUAUCUUCGAAAUGAUCCGUCGCCACCUUCAUCCAACGAAAAAGAGAAAUUCCGUGCUGAAACGAAUGAAUCUGAUUCAACUCCCAACGAUGUGAAGAAAACCUCUAUGUCAUCCGCACCUGAAAACGAUAUCCUUUCAAAACUAUUCUUUGCACCAAUAAAAACUGAACCUCUGACCACGAAACCUCAACUUGAAUCCAUACUUUUUUCGAAUUUUUUAUCUGUUCAUAACGAUGAUGACGGUAUGUGGAAGGAGCAGUCAAGUCAAUUUGGUCAAAUGUUAUGCUCCAAAUCGAUUGACGUUCAAAAACAAGUUACAAAACGUGUAUCGACCUGUUUACUCGAUCGUUCUUUAUACGAAAGCUUAACACGUGUCGUAGCUCUUUUACCCAAAGAAUGUAUCCGUACUAGCUCGCAACAAUUCUCUGUUCGACCAAAUAAUAAUGGACAACAUUAUCGUCCACAACGUUCGAAUAAUGACAAUCGACGUUUUUCAAACCGGCCGUCAUUUCAACAAAAUUCAUUACAGAUGUAUCAUAAUCAACGUUUUCCACCGGGACAAAAUGUUCGUCAGCAUAUGAAUCCAAAUUAUUCCGAUCAAAAUAGCAGUGCAACUGGAUACUUUGUCGACCGAAGAUCACAACAGCAAAACCGAUACCCACCAGCCCCAUAUUCGAAUGAUCAUCAACCAAGAGGAGCUGCCCCCAAACAUAAUCCUCACUCUGGAGGUCAACACCAACACCAACACCAGCACCAGCAACAAAAGAAAAAGAAUCCGCCUAAUGACAAUCAACAGACACAACGCGGCUCAAAAAAAGGCCAGGGUGGCAAUAAAUCCAACAACGAAAAACCAGGUAUGCCUGGAUCUGGUCCAAGUACAAAUCCCAAAUAG